AUAUUACAUAUGAGCAAAUCUAGGGUUAUGGGUUUAGCGAGUGAAAAGUAUUUUCUUCGGUGUCUUUUGCUUCUCUCGCUGCCGUUUCAGCUUCACCAGCUUAACUUACAAAGAGCUUUCAAUCAUGGCGGAGCAGACUGAGAAGGCAUUCUUGAAGCAACCCAAAGUCUUCUUAAGUUCGAAGAAAUCUGGGAAGGGAAAGAGGCCUGGAAAGGGUGGAAAUCGAUUCUGGAAAAGCAUUGGAUUGGGUUUCAAGACUCCCAGAGAAGCUAUUGAAGGAACUUAUAUUGAUAGGAAAUGCCCCUUCACUGGAACUGUGUCGAUCAGGGGUCGUAUCUUAGCUGGAACUUGCCACAGUGCCAAGAUGAUGAGGACUAUUAUUGUUCGCCGGAAUUACCUUCACUUUAUCAAGAAAUACCAAAGAUAUGAGAAGAGACAUUCAAAUAUUCCAGCACACAUAUCUCCAUGUUUCCGUGUGAAAGAAGGAGAUCAUGUUAUUAUUGGGCAAUGCAGACCACUAUCAAAGACGGUUAGAUUCAACGUGCUUAAGGUUAUUCCUGCUGGAUCUUCUGGCAGUGGCAAGAAGGCCUUCACUGGGAUGUGAGUUUGACGGUGAUGUUUUUCAGGCAGGUAUUACAGUCAUGGUGGACUUAGGGUAAUCGGGUUAUUUAAGAUAAGAUUUUAUGUAAGAUGCUCCCCCCCUCCCUUCUCCCUCUAUUCUCUUUUUAGAUCACUGAUUCAAUUAUGGGUUACUUAAGAUACGUACUUCAAUUUUUUUGGUAAUGUUGAAAUUUGUUGCUUCA